GCAGCAGACACAGUCAGUAAAGGUUCAACAAAACGCGAUAAAGUUAUCCCAAAAAACCAAAAACACAAACAAAAUUCAAAUAGAAUACUAAAAAUUUUCUAAAAAUGGUAUCCGCUGUGAAAUAUGGUUUGGCCUUGGCCUUGAUUAUUGGCUUGGCUAGUUCGGCCUACGCCAUUAAGUGCUAUCACUGUGAUUCGCUCACCAUUCCGAAAUGUGGUCUAAAAUUUGAUGGCGAUGAUAGUCUUAUAUUGGACUGUAGUCGCAUGGGACCACCAAGAUAUCUGCAGAAUUUCUUCCCCCCACGUAAUGCCAGUGGCUGCAUGAAGAAGACCCUCGAAAGUGCUGCCGGACCACCACAAAUUGUGCGUAGUUGUUACUUUGGCGAUGUGACAAACAUUCAGAGUGGCUGCCAACCGGAUCCCGCCUUUCCAUUUGUCAGACAAUUGAACUGCGAUGUCUGCACCAAGGAUGAGUGCAAUGGUUCCACCUCCAUGACACCCAUUGCCUUUGGCAUCAUGAUGCUGUUCUUUGGUAUUGCACGCCUGCUGGCAUAGAUCUCAUUGGGAUCUGGGACCCAUUAGUUCUGCGGUCGUUAGUUCUUAAUCCUAUUUGGUUGCUAAUUUGUAAGUGUAUCUCUCAAUCCAUAAGUGUAAACAUAAUAAAUGUAUCUAUAAAUUGUCAAUGAUACAAAAUAUAAA